AUGAGUAGAUCAUUUGAAGAUUAUGUUGCUUCCACUGUUAGAGUCAUUUCUGAAUCAAAAAUAAUUUAUCAUAAGUUAAAUCAAAAAUGUGGAUUUUUAGUAGUUGGUAGUGAUAGCGUUUUGAAAUUUCUGACUAAUGAAGAGAUUUAAUAAAUUGUUAUCAGUUAGGAGUCCUUAAAUGAAUGCUAAGAAAAUAGAUGA